AAAAAAAUGAUAAAUAAAUUCGGAAAGCAUUUUGGAUUACAGAUAUGUGUUAUUUUUACGACUCUUACAAUAAUUAAUAUUACAUUUGCAUUUGAAAAUGCACGCAAAAUUGAUGAUGACCAACCGAUAAAUAUUUGUGGAAAAGCUAUACCAGAAACAUUGGCACUUGUCUGCGAAACAUUGAAUUCUCUACCAGUAUUACCCACUUCAAAAAGAUCUUUGUAUGAAGGAAAGCAAUUGUUUGACUUCGGAUACGACAAUAAUAUGUUAAAUAUGGAUAAUGUACAAUUUCAUAAUCAAAUUAACGACAACACACAGAACAAUGAAAUUUUUGAUUUUAAUUGGAAGGAUGCUUACAAAAAUUUAAUAUAUAAACCAAGGUCUACAAGGAGUUAUUAUCUAAGUCAAAUGUAUUCCCGUGGAAUCGUUAGAGAAUGUUGUAUAAAUAGUUGCAGUUACAAAAAGCUUAAAAGUUAUUGUGCAAAAACGAGGGAAUAA